GCAAUAGUUUGCGGGGGAUUGUGGGGGAUCGCGGGGAUGGAAAUACGCUAUUAAAAUUUCUCUGCAAGACAGUCGGCACGGCGAGGUGAAUAAAUAGGGGGCGACGCAUCGUCUUGCUCCGACUCCCAAGACCCAGACUCAAAGCUGCAUGAAAUCCUUCUGUCACUUCUCUCAGUCUUUCGCCCAUCAUGUCGGUGGUGGCACAUAACGACAAAAUCGAGGCCAAGGCCGACCCAGUCGCGCUCGAGGAUGCAAAGACACCGAUCAACGAGCAUAUGCCGGAGAUUCUCCGUUCGUAUAGCCCUGAGCAACUGCACACCAUGGAGAAGUCUUUGGUCCGCAAGAUCGAUCUGCGAAGUCUGCCUAUCCUGUGCAUCCUCUUUCUCCUCAACAUUCUCGACAGAAAUGCCAUUGCCAACGCACGUCUCGGUGGCUUGGAGAAGUCGCUGAAGAUAAACGAUGUGCAGUAUCAAACGGCAGUCAUGGUUCUUUGGGCCGGUUAUAUCUCCAUGAUGGUUCCUUCAAACAUGCUGCUUUCCAUCUUCAAGCCCAGGAUCUAUCUUCCCACCGUUGUCAUCGUCUGGGGUGUGGUCUCCGGGGCGACCGGAUUUGUUCAAAACCACGCCGGCCUUGUGGUCCUUCGUUUCCUAGUCGGCGUCGUCGAAGCUCCCUACUUCCCUGGAUGCAUCUUCCUUCUAUCGUCUUGGUACACCAAGUCCGAGCUGCCGUCAAGAAUUGCCAUCUUCUAUUCUGGCUACACGCUUUCCUCUGCCUUCGGUGGGCUCAUCGCCGCCGGGAUUAUUGGCAAUAUGGACGGGGCUGGUGGAUAUCCUGCAUGGCGAUGGGUCUUCAUCAUUGAAGGGUCUGUCACAAUUGUGAUGGCCUUCUUAGGCUACAUCCUGUUGCCCAACUACCCUACCAACACACCGUGGCUCAGCGAGGCCGAGAGCGCGUUGGCUCAGUACCGUCUCUCUCGUGAGGCUGACGGAGAGACGGACGAGGUCAAUGAAUCCGUUCUGCUCGGGCUUAAGGACUGUCUCACCGACCCAAAGGCGUGGCUGUUGGUUCUGAUCCUCACCGGCGCCGUGGUGGGCAUGAGCUUCACUUAUUUCUUCCCAUCAAUCGUCCAGACCCUCGGAUACCCCAAUGUGGAGACGCUUCUUCUAACCUCUCCUCCCUACUUCUUCGCCUGCAUCUUCUCCAUCGUAAAUUCUUGGCACAGCGGCAAGACGAAGGAGCGCUGCUUCCACAUAGUAGGCUGCUGCGUCAUCUCGAUCAUCGGCCAGAUUCUCUCCAUGUCCACUUAUAACGUUGGCGCCCGUUACUUCGCCAUGUUCCUUCAGGCGGCCGGGUCCUUCUCCGCCUUCCAGAUCAUCCUCUCCUGGAUAUCGACUACCAUCCCCCGCCCCAAGGCGAAGCGAGCCGUGGCUCUCGCCCUCUGUACCGCCGUCAGCAACGCCACCAAUAUCAGCACCGCGUACCUGUACCCCAAAUCUGAUGCCCCGCUCUAUCGCAAAGGUUGCAUUGUGAUCACAGUCGCACUAUUCGUUUGUGCCGUGUCGUCGUUCUCGCUCCGGUUUUGGCUGAAGAAGGAGAACAAGAAGCUCGAGCGUGCUGAAGAUUUGGAGCUGCGUAACUUCCGUUAUGUGUUGUAGAGCGUUGGGUGAGGGAUGGGAACCACGGUUUGGUCAUGAUUGUUGGCCAAUGUAGUCUGAAUUAAACAUAUUUUCGUAUUUUAAGCGCCUCCAGAAACCUCUCCAGGUCCCUACCUAUCCAUCAAGUUCAUCAACGAAUCGGAGACGACGAACAUGACAUGCAAGAAUAACGAUUCCAGGGGGUAAAGGGGGCGGCGCCCUCCCUGCAUAAUUGGCCCUGGGGUGAGCCAAGAGACGUAGUCACGUGCAUCCCUUGUUAAGAUUUUC